UCAGCCCACAGCGGGCGGCCCCCGCCCCCGCCGCCAUGUUGUGGGGCGGCCAAGGAGGAGGCGGCGCGGUGCGGAGCGGGCGCUCCCGGGAGGAGCAACAGAUGGCUGAGAGCUAGCAAGGCACUUUCAGGACCAUGAUGGCUCAGUUUCCCAUGGCUGUGAACGGAGGGCCAAACAUAUGGGCGAUCACCGCAGAAGAGCGGGCCAAGCACGACAAGCAGUUCGAUAGCCUUAAGCCCACGGGAGGCUACAUUACAGGUGAUCAAGCACGUACCUUUUUUUUGCAAUCAGGUCUACCAUCUUCAGUCCUCGCUGACAUAUGGGCACUGUCAGACUUGAACAAAGAUGGAAAAAUGGAUCAACUGGAGUUCUCUAUAGCCAUGAAACUCAUCAAGCUGAAAUUACAAGGACAGCACUUGCCUAUGGUUCUCCCUCCUGUCAUGAAACAAACUCCAGUACUUUCACCUCUAAUGUCAGCUCGCUUCGGAAUGGGUAGUAUGCCAAAUUUGUCCAUGCCAACAUCCAUGUCUACGAUCACACCAUUAGCUCCAAUGUCUCUGACCUCAAUGACAUCCAUUCCUCCUUUGGUUAUUUCUGCUCCCCUGGUGCCUUCUGUCAGUACCUCAUCACUGCCAAAUGGAACAUCCAGCCUUCUGCAGCCUUUGGCCAUACCUUUCUCUUCAAUGCAGCCUCAUACUGGUUCCUUAGGUCCCGUGGCAGGAGGGUUUGGUGGAUCUAACAUGCAGAAGGCACAGUCACUAAUCGAUUUAGGAUCUAGCAGUUCGAAUUCUUCCUCCAGUGCUUCACUAGCUGGGAAUUCACCAAAGAUUGCACCUUCAGACUGGGCAGUUCCUCAGGCUUCCAGAUUAAAAUACAGACAGAAAUUUAACAGCCUUGAUAAAAGUAUGAGUGGAUAUUUAUCGGGAUUUCAAGCAAGGAAUGCCCUUCUGCAAUCAAACCUCUCACAGACUCAGCUGGCUACUAUUUGGUCACUGGCGGAUAUUGAUGGAGAUGGACAGCUGAAAGCAGAUGAGUUUGUGCUGGCCAUGCACCUCACUGAUAUGGCCAAAGCUGGGCAACCUCUGCCACUAACUCUGCCUCUAGAGCUGGUACCACCUUCCUUCAGGAGUGGAAAGUACACUGAAAAUAUUAAUGGGACUCUGCCAUCUUACCAGCCUGUGCAAGAGGAGGAGCCACAGAAAAAACAGCCAGUGACGUUUGAGGACAAAAGAAAAGCAAACUAUGAGAGAGGAAAUGUGGAGCUGGAAAAACGUCGCCAGGUCCUGUUGGAACAGCAGCAGAGAGAGGCAGAACGUAAGGCUCAGAAGGAAAGAGAAGAACAAGAACGAAGAGAGAGGGAACGGCAGGAGCAGGAACGGAAAAAACAACUUGAAUUGGAAAGGCAGCUGGAGAGACAACGAGAGCUGGAAAGGCAAAGGGAAGAAGAAAGGAGGAAAGAAAUAGAAAGGCGGGAGGCAGCAAAGCAAGAACUUGAGCGCCAGCGGCGUUUGGAAUGGGAGAGAAUUCGCCGCCAAGAACUUCUUAAUCAACGUAACAGGGAACAAGAAGAAAUUAUCAAGUUGACCUCUAAGAAGAAGAGCCUUAACCUUGAAUUAGAAGCUCUGACAGACAAACAUCAGCAAAUUUCAGGCAGAUUGCAAGAUAUUCGAAGCAAAAAGCAGAUUCGGAAGGCUGAGCUGGAGGCUUUAGAUAGAAAAUGUGACCAAGGAAUUAUGGAAGUCAAGCAACUACAACAGCAACUUCAGGAGUAUCAGAACAAGCUGACCUGUUUAGUUCCUGAGAAGCAGCUGUUAAAUGAAAGAAUUAAAAACGUUCAACUCGACAGCGCUCAAAAUGCAGGAGUUGCUUCAGUGCAAAAGAAGUCUCUAGAAAAGGAAGAACUGUGCCAAAGACUGAAGGAACAAUUAGAUGCCCUUGAGAAGGAAACUGCUUCUAAACUUGCUGAAAUGGAUGCGUUUAACAGUCAGCUUAAGUGUGACAGUAUGGAUGAUUCUGUUCUUCAGUGCCUUUUGUCUCUGCUAAGCUGUCUCAACCACCUCUUCCUCUUACUUAAGGACCUGAGAGAAAGCUACAGCACACAGCAAUUAGCCUUGGAGCAGCUUCAUAAGAUCAAACAGAGCAAGAUCAGAGAGGUAGAGAAAAGAAGAGCUGAACUUGUGCAGAAAAAGCGGCUGGAAGAUGAGGCUGCAAGGAAAGCAAAACGGGAGAAAGAGAACCAAUGGCAGGAAAAUAUCCGAAGGGAAGAGGAGGAGAAAAAGAAGCGAUUAGAAGAAGAGAGAAUGCAGGAAAAGGUGCAGGAAAAGCUUCAUGAAGAGGAGGAGAAAAACAGGCAAGCCGGGAUCUUGAGAGAAACAGAGCAACGGCAGAGACAACUGGAAGAAGAGAGAAGAAAGCAAGAACAAAUUGCUAAAGAAGCUGAGGGGAAGCGUAAGCAGAAUGAAGAAAUAAAGAAGAUGAAAGAAGUCACCAACUCUCACGAGACAGAGAAACACGCUGCUAAAUUAAACAUAAGUGACAAGUUUGGAGAUCUGUUGAAACCAGCAGAGGGCAAAAGUCUUAAGCCACCCUGGACAAACGAAGGCAAUGCCGUCAGUAAUUCAGAAUCCAGGAAUUCUGUUGCCUUUGUAAAUUACAGAGCUUUAUAUCCGUUUGAAGCAAGGAAUCAUGAUGAGAUGAGCUUUAAUGCUGGAGAUAUAAUUCAGGUUGAUGAAAAAAAUGUUGGAGAGCCUGGCUGGCUUUAUGGGAGCUUCCAUGGGCGUAUUGGUUGGUUUCCAUGCAAUUAUGUGGAAAGAAUGCCAGAAGGAGAAAAAGCUUUAUCUCCUAAGAAGGCCUUACUUCCUCCUACAGUAUCUUUGUCUACUACCUCAGCUGCUUCAGAACCGCUUUCACAAGCAAAUUGUGCAGAAGAGUCACAUUAUGCCGAGAACGUGCAUUUCUCCAGCCUGAACGUUAAUGCAGCGUGGCAACAGAAGUCAGCUUUUACCCGCACUGUGUCCCCUGGGUCUGUGUCACCCAUUCAUGGACAGGGGCAGCCCGUUGAGAACUUGAAAGCACAAGCACUUUGCUCUUGGACUGCAAAAAAAGAUAACCACUUGAACUUCUCCAAAAACGAUAUCAUUUCUGUCCUGGAGCAGCAGGAAAACUGGUGGUUUGGGGAGGUGCAUGGAGGAAGGGGUUGGUUUCCCAAGUCUUACGUCAAGCUCUUACCUGGAAGUGAGAAGAAAGAGGAACCAGAAGCUGUUUAUGCAGCAGUGAAGAAGUCCGGUGCACAGCCCUACCCAGCAGGAGAGGAGUACGUUGCGCUGUAUUCAUAUUCAAGCUCUGAGCCUGGAGACUUGACUUUCACUGAAGGCGAGGAAAUCCUGGUGACCCAGAAAGAAGGGGAAUGGUGGACAGGGAGCAUCGAUGACAGAACUGGGAUCUUCCCCUCCAAUUAUGUCAGACCAAAGGAUCAAGAAGGUUCUAGUAAUGCUGGCAAAGCUGGAACAAUAAAUAAGAAACCUGAAAUUGCUCAGGUAACUACUGCUUAUGCUGCAUCAGGAAGUGAACAACUUAGUCUUGCUCCCGGGCAGCUCAUUCUUAUCCUGAAGAAAAAUGCUAGUGGAUGGUGGCAAGGAGAGCUGCAGGCAAGAGGGAAAAAGAGACAGAAAGGAUGGUUCCCUGCCAGCCAUGUGAAGUUACUGGGUCCGAGCAGCGAGCGAACCACAUCUGCUGCCCACUCAGUGUGCCAAGUAAUAGCAAUGUAUGAUUACAUGGCAAACAAUGAAGACGAGCUCAGCUUCUCCAAAGGGCAGCUCAUCAACGUGCUGAGCAAAGAUGAUGCUGACUGGUGGCAAGGAGAAAUCAAUGGUGUGACAGGUCUCUUCCCUUCCAACUACGUGAAGAUGACCACAGAUUCUGAUCCGAGUCAGCAGUGGUGCGCUGAUCUCCAAAGCCUCGAUACCAUGCAGCCCAUGGAAAGGAAGAGGCAGGGCUACAUCCACGAACUCAUUCAGACAGAAGAAAGGUAUAUGGAUGAUCUUCAGCUUGUCCUGGAGGUUUUCCAGAAGCCAAUGGCUGAUUCGGGUUGUCUCACAGAAGGGGAAAUGGGGCUGAUCUUUGUUAACUGGAAGGAACUCAUCAUGUCAAAUACCAAGUUACUGAAAGCCUUGCGAGUGCGUAAGAAAACGGGAGGAGAAAAAAUGCCAGUGAAAAUGAUUGGUGACAUCCUGACAGCUCAGCUGCCACACAUGCAGCCAUACAUUCGGUUCUGUAGCUGCCAGCUCAACGGGGCUUCGUUGCUGCAGCAGAAAACUGAUGAAGAAGCUGAUUUCAAAGACUACUUAAAGAAACUUGCUCUGGAUCCUCGCUGCAAAGGAAUGCCCCUCUCCAGUUUCCUCCUGAAACCCAUGCAAAGAAUAACGCGCUAUCCUCUGCUUAUAAAGAGUAUUCUAGAGAACACUCCAGAAAAUCACCCCGAUCACAGUAACCUCAAGCUUGCCUUGGAGCGUGCAGAAGAGCUGUGUUCUCAGGUGAACGAAGGGGUGCGUGAGAAAGAGAACUCGGACCGGCUGGAAUGGAUACAGUCCCACGUGCAGUGUGAAGGCCUUGCUGAGCAACCUGUAUUCAAUUCCCUCACAAACUGCUUGGGACCGCGGAAGCUCCUGCACAGCGGCAAGCUCUACAAGGCGAAGAGCAGCAAGGAGCUGUAUGGCUUCCUGUUCAACGACUUCCUGCUGCUUACCUACAUGGUCAAACAGUUUGUCUCUUCUGGCACUGAUAAACUGUUCAGCCCCAAGUCCAACUCCCAGUUCAAAAUGUACAAAAUGCCUGUUUUCCUUAAUGAAGUCCUAGUGAAAUUGCCCACGGAUCCUUCAAGUGAUGAGCCAGUUUUCCACAUAUCACACAUUGACAGAGUUUACACACUUAAAACUGACAACAUUAAUGAGCGCACUGCCUGGGUCCAGAAAAUCAAAGCAGCGUCCGAGCAGUACAUUGAAACUGAGAAGAAGAAACGUGAAAAAGCAUAUCAAGCUCGCUCUCAGAAGACCUCAGGAAUAGGACGUUUGAUGGUGCACGUGAUCGAAGCAACAGAGCUGAAGGCCUGUAAACCCAAUGGGAAGAGCAACCCGUACUGUGAAAUCAGCAUGGGCUCUCAGAGCUACACAACGAGGACCAUGCAGGACACCUUGAACCCCAAGUGGAACUUUAACUGCCAGUUCUUCAUUAAGGAUCUGUAUCAGGAUGUCCUCUGUAUCACCAUGUUUGACAGGGAUCAGUUCUCUCCUGACGAUUUUUUGGGUCGCACUGAAAUUCCGGUAGCAAAAAUCCGAACAGAACAGGAGAGCAAAGGCCCCACAACGAAGCACUUACUGCUGCAUGAAGUGCCAACCGGCGAGGUCUGGGUCCGUUUUGACCUGCAGCUCUUUGACCAGAAAACACUCCUCUGAAAGCACUUCUUUAAUUUAUGAAGGACAAAUGAAACUGACGGAUUGAACUUUGGGAUAAGACUCCUUGCCCUAAGCUCCUCAUUAAGCAAGAUACCUGCUGCUUUCCGAUUCCCUCAGUCACUGGUUGCAUUUAGCUCCUUGCUGCGUUCAAAGCUGUCGUUGAUCUAUGCAAACACAGACGUUACUGUGUAUACAGUACUAUAGCUCAGUGCCUUUUUAUUACUUUGGAAUAUAUUGUUUUUGGAUGCCAAUGUUUUCAUUUUCAGGGCCAUAAAAAGUAUUAGGUAGAAAUGUGGCAUCAAAACAUAUGUGUAUUUUACCAGGUAGUCUAACGCGCAGACUGAGGAAUGGUUUAGUUUUGCACUAGAAUCAUUCUGUUUGAAAUCUGAAAAGUGAUAUCCACUGGAAUCUUCCUGACUCAGGAUGAUAAAGAUGAAAUGCUGAUGAAGCCUUAGCACUGGAGAGUUCUCCAAUUUAUUGUAUAUUCUUUAAGAAUCAAGUGUAGUUCUUCACUUGACUUAGUUCUGCACUGAAAUCAGUAACUGCGACUUGAUUUUUCUUUCCGCUUCAGUUGGAUGAACGGUUCUCUGCUGAGACAAUGUCAUUGUAAAGAAAAUAACUGGAAACAAUGUCUUAAAUACUGUGACCCACAAGAAGGUGGAAAAAUACUUUCCAGCUUUUGGUUUUCCUAAAUCUAAGUUAUUUGUGUACAGUUCCUUGGUUUUGCAGACCUCCAUGUGAAUCUUGAAGCUUUGACAUUGCCAACAUUGUAUAUAGAGAGUAAAAUAUAAGUUUAUUAAUGUAAUUUGUCUACAGAUGUCUAUUGAUGCAUAGUGACUUUUAAAAAGUAUAUUUUAUUGUACAAGGGAAUGUGAAAUAAUGAGAAAAAAACUUACUUAUGGAAUUAAAUUCAAGAGAAGUUUGUUAAAAGUUUAAAAUGUUUGCUCUGAGGAAGCGUUAGCACAGCGUUCAUCUGCAAGAUGAGACUGGCUGCAAGCAAAAACCUCCUUGGGGGCACCAAAACGAGGGCUGAUUUAAAGAUUGUUUGUAAAGGGUUUGAUACAUGGUAACCAUUGUACUGCCUCCUCCAGUUGCUUUGUUGAAAAAGCACAGCAUGCAAUUCUCAACAGCAGGUGCCCUUGUUUUCUGUGGGUGCCGCAAUACCUCCCGGUGUCUGACAGUUCUACACUUGACUGCCAUCUGUGUACCCUCCUGUUACAGAGCUGAGUCAACCUCUGUUACUUUUAACAGUUUUCUGUGGUUCAGUAUUUCUAAUCCUAAAUAAAAUUAUAUCUUGGCAA